UUCACGAGUCGAGCGAGCGUCUCCCUUCUCUUCUUCUUCGGCGACGGCGCACCCGCUCACUCGCCCGCCGCCUCCCCUCCGGUCAGCUCCCACCCCGUCCGCCUGGGGUUGCCUCCUCCAGACCGGACAACGACGCGCCUCCUCCCUCGUCUGCCGCUUACUCUGAAGAGACCCCAGGAGCAUCCGGCGCCGCGCUAUCCCGCUCUCCGCCUUGUCUCCCUCCAAAUCCUGUCUCGCCGCCGUUCGACAGCCGGAGGGCGGAGGGAGGCGGAUAAGUUUCGGAGAUGUCGGUGCUCAUCGUCACCAGCGUGGGCGACAUCGAGGUGGAUCUCCACACCGACAAGUGCCCCCUCACCACCAAGAACUUCCUCAAGCUCUGCAAAAUGAAGUACUACAAUGGGUGUCUGUUCCAUAAGGUGGAGAAGGAUUUCCUGGCACAAACUGGCGAUCCAACUGGAACUGGCACAGGCGGUGAUUCUGUGUACAAAUAUCUCUAUGGUGAUCAAGCUCGAUUUUUUGAUGAUGAGAUCCGUCCAGAGUUGAGGCAUUCAAAAACUGGAACUGUUGCCAUGGCAAGUGCUGGUGAAAACUGCAAUGCCUCACAGUUCUACAUUACCUUGAGGGAUGAGGUGGACUACCUUGAUGAUAAACACACUGUGUUUGGGAUGGUUGCUGAAGGUUUUGAUACACUGGCAAAAAUAAAUGAAGCUUAUGUUGAUGAUAAAGGAAGACCAUUCAAGGACAUAAGAAUUAAACAUACAUAUGUCUUAGAUGAUCCUUUUGAUGAUCCUCCUCAGCUCGCUGAACUUAUUCCAGAAAAUUCUCCCACAGGAAAGCCACGUGAUGAGAUUGCAGAGGAGCGCUUAGAGGAUAGUUGGGUCCCUUUGGACGAAACAGUGGCUCCUGAAGAACUUGAGGAGAUGAUCCGCUCUAAAGAGGCGCACACAAAUGCAGUAAUCCUUGAGAGUUUGGCAGAUAUUCCAGAUGCUGAGAUUAAACCACCUGAUAAUGUUUUGUUUGUUUGCAAACUCAAUCCAGUAACUCAAGAUGAAGAUUUAUACACUAUUUUUUCUCGUUUUGGAACUGUGACAUCAGCUGAAAUAAUUCGUGAUUUCAAGACUGGAGAUAGCUUAUGUUAUGCUUUUAUUGAAUUCGAGACAAAGGAGGCUUGUGAACGUGCAUAUUUCAAGAUGGACAAUUGUCUUAUUGAUGACCGGAGAAUCCAUGUUGAUUUUAGUCAGAGUGUUUCAAAGCUAUGGGGUCAAUUCAGACAAAGCAAAAGAAAUGCGAAGAAAGAUGGGUGUUUCAAGUGUGGUGCCCCUGAUCACAUAGCCAAGGACUGCGACCAAGAUGGUGACCAGAAAAACAAAGGGCAAAACUAUGUUCUGAAAGAUGAAAAUGCACAGCGUGGUGGAAAUCACCGUCGAAGCUAUGAUCUAGUCUUUGACGAAGAUGAUGCUGAUUAUUCUGAUAAGAAAGAUCACGAAAAUGGCCACAGAAGAAAGAUCCAAAGAAAUGAUGAUCGAAGAUCAGAGCUUCCACCUCGUGGUGAUCGUGAUAGGAAUAACCGUGAGAGAACUUACAGUGAUGAGAAAGGAAUCAGGCGUGGUAAAGACGAUGAUAGGAACAGAGGGGGUCGGAAAAAUGAUGACUACAGAUCUGGUGAUCGAAGCUCUAGUAGAUAUGAUGAUCGUGAUUAUAGCAAGCGCCAUAGCAGGAACAGAAGCGGAGAUGAUGAAGAUGAUUACAGACUAAGGGAUAGAUCGGAUGGUGAGCGGGACCACAGGAAAAGGAGCCCGGAAAGUAGACGUAGAGAAGAUGGUGGGCACCGCGAGAGAAACCAACACUCUGAUGAUAGAUCCUAUAAGGAGAAGAGGCACAGAGAUGGUAGAUAGAUUUAUGUACGACUGUUGGUUUUGUGAUGCCUGCUUUACACUGAUGUCAACAUGUAUUCCUUAGCUCAAAAUUUUCUGUUUAGUCAAUGUAACAGUUUUGAGUGACGUUGAAUUUUGUAGCGUCCAUGUCUCAUUAGACCUUCCUAUGUUGUACAGCAUUUGCUGGAUAUUUUGUUGCUGUGCGGACUCAAAUUUCCUGUCUAGUUGUACGCUUAUUGUAUCGUAUGAUUGGCUGCA